ACUCCUUUUUCGGAUUCACUAAUGCAGAAAACUACAAAUUCGGGUUCAUAACUGUUCAUGCUUUAACCUCUCUCUCUCUCUCUUUCUCUCCGUUGCAUGCGGUAGUACUUACCAUGGCCACCGAGCAAGAAUUCACACGCGCAUCACGCGUCUCACGUGCUUCAAGCAGACGAAGAUUACACGGACGAGGAAGAAGAAGAGACACGUGUGGGGGUCACGUGCGGAGUAAGAAGAAACGGCUCAUGGGGUUCCUAUAAUAAAUGGAUGAUGUUGGGUCGAAUACUUGACCCGAGAACCAAACUGGUUCAAGAAUGGAACAGAGUCUUUCUCCUCGUCUGCGCGACGGGCCUUUUCGUGGACCCACUUUUUUUAUACAACCUCUCUGUGAACGACGCGUGUAUGUGUUUGCUCGUCGACGGAUCUUUUGCACUUUUGGAACAUUUUGAUUCAGUAUUAUGAACAAAAGUAUAUUCAUAAAUUUAUGAGAUUUUUUUAUAUUCUUACUUUUUUAUUAGAUUAAAAAAAUCCACGUAUAUAUAGUUAUGUUUUUUCUUAAUAACUUUUGUGUUUUAUACGUUAGUUGUAAGUAUAGAUCUAUUUGUCAUAUGAGUUCAUUUUUUUUAUUUUAAUAAUUUUUAUAGACAAAAUUUUUGAUAUACAAACCAAUUAAAUUAUUUAUACAUGUUCUAACGGUAAUGUUAUAAAACAAUUUAAUAAAAUAUUGUUUUGUAAAAGAUGUAAAAAAAAUCUAACUAAAUACUAUAUAAAUAAAUAUUUUUACUAAAAACUUAUCUACCAAAAAUUCACAUUCAAUUUUAAAAUAUUAAAAUAUAUAAUUGCAAGUCGAAGACAAAAAUAUUAUUUGUAUUAAAAUUUAAAAAUUAUUUGUACCCAAAAAUUUACGGGCAACUACCUAGUACAUAAUAAACACAAUUUUUUAGUAAAGUAGCAUUGAGUAUAUUAUUCUUCUUAGUAAAGUAACAUUGAGUAUAUCUUUGUAAAGAGAAACUAGAUGACAUUUUUGUGAGACAAUACCAAAAAAAAAGAAAAAAAUCUUUUGUUUCCAUAUUUACUCGACAAAUAAAUUCGGAAAAUCUGGAAACUGACUGUGUUUGAUAAUAACUUGACGAGCAAGGCUACUCCUCUUAUAUUAUUAAUACGGAGGGCAGCACGAUUAGGGUUUCUUCUUACUUAGGAAGGUAUUCAUGUCUCUGCUUAUCAGCCGGCUGUCGAAGCUCCGUCUUGGGAAAUCUCGAAGAUCACCUCUUCUCUCAAAUGGAUUUUCAUCAUCCUCUAGGAAAGAGCAAACCCCUCCAUGUUACAUCGUCUUAGCUGAACUCUGUGAACCUUAUAAAGCCGGUCUCGGAAAACUCUACAUUUCCAAGGUUCAUAAUGAUAUGAUUGAUCGGGAAAGGAAGGUGGUGCAUGGAGAGUUGGUGUAUAAUGAUAUAUUUGGUACAGUGGUAACGAUCGGGGCAUCUAAUGGAUGGGUAGCUACUUUGAAUGGCAAAGACGGAAUCCUGCGUCUCCAAGAUGAUCUAAACCCGUACGCAUCGUAUACGGAUCCUAAACGCAUCCCCCUGCCUCCUCUUGUGACUCUCCCACGUUGCCAAACCCAAAUCGUCACCAACGUGUCAAUGUCCUCAUCUUCUCCAGAGGAUGAAGACUGUGUUGUGGCUGUCAAGUUCUUGGGACCUCAGCUAAGUUUUUGUAGACCAGCUCAUACUAAACCCGAGUGGGUCAACAUCAGGAUCGAUAACCCAUGCUUCUACUCCUCACGUGUUAUGUUUUCCAAGAAAGACAACGUGUUUCGCAUUCUCGGAGCUGGAGGCCAUCUCAUGGGAUCAUGGGAUCUCCAGAAUCACAAACACAAGAUUCAGAGGUUGCGCUUUGAAAACAUUCCCGUGUUAACCAAGCCCACUAACGAGUUUAUGGAUUCGUGCUGCACGUACGAGCACUUGGUGGAGUCAGUAACCACCAGCGAAACUUUCAUGCUUAAGCAGUACAAGAAGACUAGCGAGAUAGUCGAAGGCGUUGCCAGCAUGAAAACAAGAAAUUUAAUGGUGUUCAAGCUAGACGAUGAAGGAAAUGCAGUUUACACUCAAGACAUUGGAGGUCUCGUCAUUUUCCUCUCAAUGUCUGAACCUUUUUGUGUCCCGGCUAGCUCAUUCCGGUUGCUCCCUAACAGCGUCGAAACCUUGGAUUCAUGCGAACAUGGAUUUGUCGAUCUGGAUGAUCGCUACGCUUAUACAAAUAUUGGUUGUCCCAACCCGGCCCCUUUCUUUAUUCCACCACAAAAUAUAGACUAGUAACUGUUUUGUAAUAGUCAGAGAGUCAUGCAUCCACCACUAAAACUUUUUUAUAUCUUACCAGUUAAUUGGUGUUAUAGUUCUUAGCUUAUUUUUGCUGUAUGUUUUUGUUUUUAUAUCUUACCACUUAUAUUCACGCCCUUUCUUUAUUCCACCACAAAAUAUAGACUAGUAAGUGUUUUUGUAAUAGUCAGAGAGUCAUGCAUCCACAACUAAAAACUUUUUAUAUCUUAUCAGUUGGUGUCAUAGCUAGAUCUUAACUUAUUUUUGCUGUAUGUUUUGUUUUUAUAUCUUACCACUUAUAUUCAUGCGGACAUCAUAUCCCUUUAAUACAUAAAAGUAAAGAAAAUAUAGAAAACAGCGUAUUUUUCUUCAGGUAAAGACAUCAAACUUUUCAAAUGUGUGAAAAAAAAUCGUUUUAAGGUGAUGUCAAAGUCAGACAAAUAAACAUCAAUAAAAGGGAAAUAACAUGAAGUAAUAAGUAUAAUAAAGACAUAAAUA